CAAGACCUCACCCCCAUGUUUACGUGUCACCAACUAAUUGGUGCACACACUGUAAAUAGCAUACACCUCACUUGCACUCUUUGGUGGACGCGACACGCCCACUUUGAUCUAUAUAUGAUCUUGCAAAUCUAGAGGACUACCCUCACACAAGCUCCUCUCUUUGUCUUGACAAUGGCUUCCCUUCCCUUUUCUGCCCUCUCUCUGUUUUUAUCCCUCUGUGUUCUGCUAGUCUUGCCCGCACAUUCACUAACCUGCACCUCACAAAAAUUCACCAACAAGAAGCUUUACACUAACUGCACUGACCUACCCGUCCUCAAGUCAUACCUGCACUACACCUACAACUCCUCCAAUUCCUCACUCUCAGUCGCGUUCAUCGCUUCUCCUGUCAAACCCGAUGGCUGGACCGGUUGGGGCAUCAACCUUAAUGGCACCGGCAUGGCUGCGGCCCAAGUCAUUUUAGCUUUGAAAUCCAGCAAAGGCGCACCAGAGGUAAAAACAUACAACAUCAUAUCAUACGGUGACAUAAGGGAGGAGAAACUGUCUUUCGAUGUUUGGGACUUGCAUGCUGAGACCAAUGCAACAAGUGGUGAGUUUACCAUCUAUGCAUCGGUUAAGUUGCCUGAAAAGAUCGAGUCUUUUAAUCAUAUUUGGCAAGUGGGUUCUGCUGUGAAUAAUGGGAAGCCUGUCAAGCAUGAAUUUGCAGCAGAAAACAAGGAUGCCAAAGCAACUUUGGAGUUGACUACUGCUCAGAAAACUGGCAAGUCUGCUACCACCACCACCCCAGCUGGUGACAAUUCAACAGGCAAUGGUACUACUAGUUCUUCAAAUGCCACCACUACCGAUGACAAUAGUGGGAGUUACAGGAUUAAGGAGAUGAAUGUGGGCUUCUGUUUUGCUGUGUUUGUUCUUCUUGCUAGUUUCAUUAUUUUCUAGUUCUGAUGAAAUAACUUUUUUUUUUUUUUGGUAUGAGUUUCAUGUGGUGCUAGGAAUUCAUGAUUGUUAAAAAAAAAGUAUAUUUAGAAGAUAAUAAUUACUUUUUGUCUCGGUGGA